AGUGAUAGUUGUGAAUUCUUCCAACAGAUCCUGGAAUGACAGAGCAGGGCGGGGAAUUCCUGCAGUCACAUCGUCUCUGUUACCAGGAGCAAUCUGUCAGGCAAAGGUGAGUAUAUAUAAUGGGAGCAGCAGGCAAAGUUCAUUACAGGGGCUGAAGCGAGCAGACAGAUCUCCAGUGAAGAGAUUGAAAAGAGCAGGCAGAUCGGACUAUAGAGAAGAAGCAACAGCCAUGGGUAUUCUCUUCAGCUCCCUCUACAAAACCCUUAUGGGCUUCUUUGCCACCAAGGCUAAAAUCGUUAUGCUGGGCCUGGAUGCCGCUGGCAAGACCACAGUCCUGUACAAGGUAAAGCUUAAUGAGACUGUUCGUACAAUCCCCACCAUCGGAUUCAAUGUUGAGACAGUGGAGCCCAUCCGUAACGUGUCCUUCACCGUGUGGGAUGUGGCGAGUCAGGAUAAGCUCAGACCUCUUUGGAAGCAUUACUUUGUCGAUAUUGAUGGCCUGGUCUUUGUUGUGGACAGUGCUGAUUGGGAGAGGUUCAAGGAAGCCAGCCUGGUGCUGGAAGAAAUUCUGGACAAUGAUAAAAUUAGAGGCAUCCCAUUUCUGGUGAUGGCCAAUAAGCAAGAUCUUCCCGGUGCCAGGAGACCAAUGGAGGUGGCAGAAGAAUUAGGCUUGAUGAAGAUACAAGGGCACCAGUGGCACAUACAGGGCUGUUCUGCAACUACUGGGGAGGGACUUGUGGAGGGCCUGGAAAUACUCACAGACUUGGUGAAACAGUUCCAAAAAGACAAGGUCCUACUGAGCUAAGACCCAACUACUGCUGCUACCUUGUUUUGCAGAGAAUUAGAUGCAAGUGUCUGUUCCACUUUGUGUUAAGGUAUAUGUGCACUGAUGAUAUUCACAUUAUUAUAACAAGGCUAAGAUCAUGGCUGAUUUUUGGGAAUUUGGGAAAAGACAAUGGGACAACUUUAAUUUCCCUGGAAAACAAUGAUACAUUGGGGGACAUCAGACAGACAAGCACAGACUGACCAAUUAUGGCUUGGAUGUAUUGUUGGAUAUUCUGCUUCUCUACUGAACAUUGCUAUAUAAAGCCAGUGACUUUUUUUAAUAUGUUUCAGAACUACAGAUCUCACACAAACAACCUUAGGAAGGCAGUGGGUUGCCUGUGAUUGUAAACGGUUAUGUACACUAUUAUAAAACAUCUCAUAAGAAUUGUUA